CUGGGUUCGGUGCAUUGGGAUCACUGGUCCGCCAGUACACCCCGCAAAUUGUGAAGAUGGAUAAUGGAAAGGAAUUGAACACUUCUGAAGGAUUAAAAGUUGAAGAUGUAAUGGGAAGUCACAUUGAAGACCCAAUAACCUUUUGGGGACAGGCAAUUGAAUUAAUUGAAGAUCUUCUUAAGAUAUCUACUGCUUUGACAGAAAUCUGCCCAUUUGCUGCCAAGGUGUUUGGAGAUCCUGCUCCUGAAAAGAUUUAUGGUGGAUUAUAUUCCGAAGACCAAUGUUGGUAUAGGUGCAAGCUGAAAAAAAUGAUGACUAAUGAAAAGUGGCUGAUGACUUAUGUCGAUUAUGGAAAUUCUGAAACUCUAAACAAGUCAUGUAUUGUUGAACUUCCAGAAGAUAUGCAGUAUCCUGGGUUGGCCAGAAGGUUCAGACUUUGGGGUCUGCAGAUUCCACAUAAUCAAGAUGUAACUCCAUUUGAACAGGGAAGAAGUUUUCUGGCCAGUUUGGUAAAUGACAAAAUAAUCCGGGUUAAUCACAGAGACACAGCUCAGGAUGGAGCCUUCCUUGUAGAUGCACAAAGUGAUGCUUUAGAUGUUGGACAAGAAGUUCUGAAAAAGGGGUUUGCUGAAAAGUGCAAGACAGCUUCUGCCCACAACAAUGAAGGAAUGAAAAGUAAUUCAGUCCCCUUGAUUACUGGUAGAAAUGCUGAGGGGUUUCAGGGACUCGGCAGUGGUUCCCAGAAAAUGAAGAAUGCCCUCGAUUCGAGAAACGAUCAGCUGGGAAGUGAACCUAAGGGACGAGUAGACAAUGUUGAAUAUUGUAGAGAUCUAAGAAUGGAUCGUGGAAUUACACUUGUGCGUUCAUUGGACAGAAAAAUAUCAGGCCCAUGUCGUACUGGACAGAAGCUCAAUAUGGUGAAGGUGCAGCAUGAUCAAAAGUUGCUAGAAGAUCAAAAUGAAAAGUUGAGAGCCAAAAAUAGCAAGUAUCUCCAAAAUUGCAAUUUACUGGAAGGGCAGAUUAAGCAGCAGCAACAGGAAUUGAAGAAAAUGGAAGAAAAAUUAAAACAACAUCAGGCAGCAGAAUUGAAAUUAGCAGAUAAACUAAAACGUGCUGUUGAAACAAAACUCAAAAGUUUGACAAACAAAGUUGAAAAGCUCAGAUGGGUUAGAUGUGAGUUCAAAGAGAAUCAUUUUGGAGAUGAUCUUUCUGAAGCAGUGAAAGUAAUCACUGACGGAUGUCUUUGCAUGCUGCGCUCAAUGAAGAAUUUAGAAGACACUUGGAAUGAAUACAACAGUGCUCAGGAAACACUUCAAGCAUGUAACUCAGUGGAUGAUGUGCACAUCCUAAUUGACAAGCGUAAUGAAGUGCGCAGCUCUCUCUAUGCUGCAGCAGAGGAGUUCAUCUCUGAAGUAGAAAAUUUGCCCAUAAAGGAUCGUGUGCAUGUUCUAAAGGCUUUAGCUUCUUCACUAGAUGCUGCUUAUGGCCCUUACGAGGGGGAGCACAACUCAAAUGAAGUGUUUGAACAGUUUUUUGAGUGGAGAGAUAGUAAACUUCAGGAGGUGAACAACAUUAAGCACAGAACAGACAGUUCUCUACAACUAUUGUCGGAGUGGUUCAGUAAUGCUAUGAAGUUUUUUGACCUGAACUCAAGUGUUUCAUUGACUUCAGUGGACGUAAUCAAUGAUGUUGAUGUUAUACUGGAUCAAGCUGAACAAGAUGUUUGCAAAGAACUUGAAAUUUCAACCACCCAAAAAGAUGAUGCUGACAUGAAGAUAAUCCAUAGUGCUUACAACAAAGUGAUGCAGGAGAUCAUCAAGGAACAAGACCUCCUUUUGGUUAUACAAAAUAAGUAUGAAGCCAGCGUUCAGUUUAAGGAAGAAGUUGGACAGUGGCUUAAUCUUUAUCCCAGUGUUGAAGAUCUGUUAUCAAUCAAAAGAUCUGUGAAGAAUCUUAAAGCUCAAUUGAGAUGGAAACUGGUUGAAAAGAACAAUUUAGAAGAUUUGGGUAGUUAUGAUCAAAUAAAGAUACAGGAGAUGAAGGAAGAAAUACGUAGACUUAGAGAUGACAUCUAUGAAGAGAUCUGCCGUGAGCAAAGAGAAUAUGAAAAACUUGGUGAUGUAGUUCAUAAUUGGUUUCCUGAACUUCCUCUCCUCUAUCCUGAAGCAGCAAUCAAGACUUACAUGCAAUCUGCUGGCCUACUCACUGACAGCCUAGAGCGGGAUUUGUUUGACCCAGAACCCAUGAAAGAACUCAGCAGCAAGCGACCAUUGGUGUGCUCUGAAAUUAAAUCCCAGAAAAUCCUUUUGAAGGGUUAUUCUGUAGAUACUGCUACAGAAGCCAAAAUGAUAGAUAGAGCUGCCCAAUAUCACAAAGCUUGGUCUGUGUUGAAGGAAGAAUCUGGACUUCUGCCUGUUCUCUACCUGUUGGCUUGCAAGUCUGAACCAGUGACUUAUGUUAUGGUACCAUUUUAUCCAGGAUGGUGUUUGAAAACUGUGCAGACCACCAAGCCUUUAGCCUCAGAGGAGUUUUGUAAAGUAAUGCAAGGAGUAGCAGUUGGUCUACAGACACUUCACAACUUGAGUAUUGUUCAUGGCGCUCUGCAUCCACACAAUGUAUUUGCUAUAAACCGUGAACGUGGAAUUGUGGGAGACUUUGAUUUUACCAAGAGUGCCGAUCAACGUAAUAUUGCUACCUGGAUGGUGGCAGAUAAACUAGAACUUGUAGCCCCGGAAGUAAGAAAUGGCCAAGCCGCUGUGCCUGCAUCUGAUGUUUUUGCUUACGGCUGUUUGCUUUUGUGGCUGAAUUUUCCCAAGAAUAACUUACAAACGAACUCCAAUGGAACUCCAGAUGUUAGUGAGCUAAGUAUUGAUCCUAAAAUGCUGAGCCUAGUUUCAAGGAUGAUUUGUUACAACCCUGAUGACAGAUUAAGAGUUGACCAGCUGUUAGAGGAAGAUGGUUUUUUGAAAAUUAAAACACCUGACAGUAUUCAGGAAGAAACUGAAACUUCUGCAUCAGAUGAAGUCAUUGUGAAUAAUGUUUUUAUAAAUGAAACCAAGUCCGAAUUGUUGGUUGAAGGUUCAGCAUGAAACCUUUUCCAGAUUUAUGUUUUGUAGUUUAUUUUCAUUUACUGUAUCAAAUACACUUUUUGUUGUAUUAGUGCAAUUUCGUGAGGGCAGUGAUGGAAAAGGAGAAUGCCCCUGGUUGCUUCCAAGCAUUCAGAAGAUACUUUGUAUGAAUAGCAAUAAUGUUUUUUUUCAUUACUGUUUUUAAAUUUCUCCUGAAUUACUAUUUUGUUUGAGGAAAAUAAAGUUCUUUUUCUGAAAGAAACUGGAAAAUGUCCAGUCCAGUCUAUGUUCCUCAUUGCCAUUUUUAAAAUUUAAAAUACACCGAUUAUUUUAAAAGCAAUCAGGAGAAAAUUGGAAUACCCGUAAUGCGCUCUUUACAAUGAUUAGGUGAAGAUGCCCACAGGUGGCCUGCGAGUAAGCUGCUGAAGUUAUUUCUGAGAGGACAUUUUGAUGUAGAGGUUGACGAGCAGUGUGCAUUUGUGCCACUAAUUAGAGACUUGUCUGGUGUGUUGGUGUGUACUUAACCAGGAAAAGAUGUUUCCUGAUCUCGAAAUAGUUUUGAGUAUCACCACUGGAAAACUUAGAAAAAUUGUGCUCCAACUGCCAUUAUUACAGAAGAAAAAUCAAUUGAUGAAAACGUAGCCUUGAGGACAAAGAAAGGCAAGAGGAACUACGCAACUUUGUUUCAAAAGGAAACAUCAGUGCUGAACAUAGUUUUCUGUUCAAUUAUACCUUGUUCUGUGAAGUGUUGCUCUGUUUUAAG